AUGGGUCGUUCGCGUGUUCGCUCGUUUAUAUCCAGUUUUGGGGGGUCAAGGAACAAUGGUUCUGCCAGAGAAAGCAAAAGGUCGUCAAGCGUUACGCCAGUGACCAAGGUGACUCCGUCCGAUACACCACCCCAGUGGCAAACCCCUCCCGAUACACCAUCUCCUCCGACAGAAUCAUCCCCUGUGAGCUCUGGACCAAGAGGCGGAAAUGGCUCGCGACCGGCAUCCAUGAUCUUCUCACGCAACCCGCCUCUCAUGCAGCAGGCGGACGAUAUCCCUCCGGAGCUGUCGCCAAUAUUUUCAUUCCUCAAUACCCACACGAACAAGGUCUAUCAGGAAGGAUACUUUUUGAAAUUGAAUGAUCUGGAUACUCACGGACGCCCUUGUGCUGAUCGGCAAUGGGUGGAAUGUUAUGCACAGCUGGUCGGAACAGUUCUUUCACUAUGGGAUGGCGCUGCGCUGGACGCAGCAGGUGGAGAAGAGGUCCCGGCGACCUUUAUCAAUUUGGCUGAUGCGUCUCUGAAGAUGAUUGAGACUCUUCCGAUCCAAAAUGGAGCUAUACAGCCAUUGAAGAACGUACUCAGCCUUUCUUCCGCGGGCAAAAAUCGAUAUCUGUUGCACUUCAAUUCUUUCAACUCACUGACCCAAUGGACUGCGGCGAUUCGUCUCUCGAUGUUCGAGCACACAUCUUUGUACGAAGCUUACACCGGUUCUUUGAUUGCAGCGAAAGGGAAAGAUCUCAACGGAAUCAACUCUAUCCUGGCACCCACCAAAUUCAAGUACGAGGAUUGGGCGCGUGUGCGAUUUGGAGCUGGAACCCCGUGGAGACGGUGCUGGUUUGUGAUCUGCCCGCCGGACGAAAAGGAGCUCCAAAAAGCGCGAAAAGUCACGAAGAAAUCGGCAUAUGACCGCCUGUCAAUGCCGGUCACUGGUAACAUCAAGUUUUACGAGACGAAGAAGACGAAAAAGGCGAUUCCCAUUGCGACGGUUACCCAGGUCUACUCGGCAUAUGCGAUUUACCCACAAUCUAAGGCUCUAAUUGAUGCAUCCACCCUGGUGAAGUUGGAGGGACGGAUUACCACCCAUUCGCCUGAUUCUUCCUCGGAAGGACUUGUUUUUGUCAUGCCUGAGCCGCAUGCUGCGGUUUCGGGAUUCGAGAUGAUGCUGCGCUUCCUUUUUCCGACAUUCGACACUUUCAAUCUCUAUGGCCGUCCUACUCGCCUGGUGGCAGACACUAAUCACAUUAAGAGCAUCAUGUUUGCUUUCCCCAAGGAGCGACGCUACGGCUAUCUUGACGUGCUGGACAUUGCCAGUCUCCUUCAAACCCCGGGAAGCCAAGAAUGGAGCGAGGCUCAGUGGAGGAAACAGCUCAAAGAGGCAACACAGCGCCGGAUUUCGUCUGGCAGGAGCAGAACCAAUAGCGUGAACAGCGUGAGACCUCGCUAUCGCUCCAUGUCCGGCCGGCUUAGUGAUUUCCCUAUGGACUCGACUCGCCGCCAGUUUUCUGGUAUCGACAACAAGCCUGAAAUUAACAAUUCUACCGAGGCUAUUAUUCAUGAAGUCCCCCAGAACGAAGGCUCCCCCGUGGUGUAUCACAACCGCGUGGUUUCUGAUACCACGGGCUUCAACACUGGCUCUCGGCCAGGCCGUGGAUCUUUAAUUGAGAGCUCACCUAACUCUUCUUCUCAAGAUCUGACACACCGUGGGAUUCCAGCGGUCGCUCCUAUCGCCGAGAGCGCCAGCUCCGGAAGCGAACCAAAUCUCGACCGGCUCCAAGGCCCGUCAGUUGAAGAUCAGCUUCCUCCACGCACUCCACCCGCUCCUGUUGAGAACCCGCCUACAUUUUCGCAUGGACCCAAAGAGAUGCCCACUAACCGGCCAGAGGCUUCUUCGGAGCAGAGGUUGGCAAACAACCGGAUGUCUCACGCAACACUUGCCCAACUAACAUCGGUCGGAACUAUGGGACUGAGCACGGCAGUCGCCGGUGCUGCAUGGAAAAGCCACCAGACACAGCCCACAGACAACCAACAGCCCCAUGACAGGAGCUUCGACCGAGCCUAUGCUCCUGGCCCCGUUUUGUCCACAAACUCUCUUACAACCUCAUCAAGUGAUGAGGACAUUGGUCUUGCACUCCCCGUUCGACCUCCUCCAGUUCCGGAGCAUCGCCCGAACACACCUAGUACUGGCAGCCCGCGUCAGUUUUCUCCCCAGAAGUCCUCCCCUCAACGGAUGCAAAUUCAUGCCGACAAAUCUGUACGACGCAAGCCACUUCCCCAGCAAAAGCUUUUCGGGACAGAGCCACAGUCACCAGGCGAACCGAGUUAUGACGAUCUUCGCCAUACCCUUGAUGAAGAUGCGCUGAAUAAAAUUGCUCCUCAUCUUCCAUCCCCAGUCUCAUCUACCGGAAAAAGAAACGGAAAUGAGGACGAGAGCAUUUAUGAUGAUGCGUCGACGGUUUCGCCUGACUAUGCUAGCACUCACGGUUCUGUCUACAGCAAGAAAUCCGCCGCGUCCACCAAACCCAGAAUGGGUGUCAUGAAGACCGUGGGAGUCCCGGCGGCCAAGGAUUAUGUCAUUGGUGAUGCUCAUUAUGCUAUGGAUAAGGCCCCAACUUCGAAUCCGGACAUUCCCGCUGUUGACUUCGGCCCAACUAUGACCUAUUUGCCUACUACCGGGCGUCCAACCACCUCAGACACCCUGAGAAAAUCGACGCACCAACGCAAUGAUUCGUCGGGAACCAAAUUUACGGUCCCUACCCAAGCGAUCGAUCAGGCUAAUGCCCGGCCUUCCAGCCGAGAGGAAUAUCGACGCAGCAUGCUGUGGCAGCCUGGAAUGGCUUCCGGUCGCCCUGUCACUCCAGGAGGUCUCACCCCGGAACAGUACGUGCAGCAACGGGCGGCUCCCAGUCCUCCGAUGCAGCUUCACAAUCGCACCCCUUCCAAUCCCAUGUCAGUGCAACGCCCGGUGUCUGGCGACUGGACACAUUAUGCCCGUACCAAUUCGCCCAUGAGCCCUCAGCGAGAUCCUAACUAUCGGCCUUCGUCUCGCGGUGCCCAGGGUAUGCUUAACUACAACGAUGCUUCAGCCAAUCUUUCCGCUCGUGAACAGGAGCAUGUCGCCCGCAUGACCGGCUCUUCAUUCUUCAACAUGUCAAAUGACAACCGGAAACCGCAGACUCCUGUCAACCCUAUGGGCCUUGUCUCGCACAUCGAUGCUCGGGAGCGCGAGAAGCGUGAAAUGAAGGAGGGAAUGUCGAACCAGGCGGUUCAACAGGCCAUUGCACACCGUCAGCAACACAUGAUGCAGCAGCAACAGUAUGCGCCCCAGCAGUUCUCGCCGCCGUUCUCACCUCUGCCGAUGCAACCCCAACAGGCUGGGUCUGUGUAUCAAUCUCAACAUGGUCGACACGAGUCCAUGUACAACAUUCCAGGUGCCAGCCACACAUGGGAUGCCCUAAACCAGACGAACCGCCCCGACCAGCCCCGUCGGUCGUCCUGGUACGGACAGCUUGCGCAGGCUUCCCAAACUCCGCCCAGCUAUCAACAAAGCCAGUACGGCCAAGAACCGAGGUACUACAGCUAUGCUAAAUAG